AUGUCUUAACGCCUUUCAAGGCUUAAGACAUUUUAUGUGUUCAAUGGGUGUUUUUCCUGUUGACCUGUAUAAUGUUUUAUAUCUAAAAUAAAUUUUUUAUCUUUCAAACAAGUAGAAGUCUUGAAAUCAUUUUCCGAAAAAUAUUCUACGUCAAAACAAACCGACUCUUAAUUUUUCAUUUUUUCCCUUAAUUGUAUGCAUAGUUUUGCACACGUCAGCUAAUAAACGCAUGCUGUCUUUUUCACAUGACUAAUAAAUGCCAACAUGUUAAGGAUUUAACGGAAGUCCAAGUCACAUGACCAAUUCCGUUCAAAUUAGGGCUUCUAUAGUGAAAGAUAAGACUUCCAGGGGUUUAAUUAGAUACGAUUAAAAGGAAACAUGCUUAAACUUAAAAUGCCAAAAUUUUUCAAACGGCUCUUCAUUGCAACCAUAACACCUCCGUCUACCAAUCCAUCAAGCUUUCUAGACCUGAAUCAAUUUUUGUUUUUAAGAUUUUCUCAGCAGCGAAUGGAACUCUUUUCAGUUUUUGUCCAAAUUUCUUGAUCUUGAAGCAAGAGUAUUUUGUGAUGGGUAUUUUACUAUUUCUCUCAUUUUCGUUUCAAUUUUCUUGGUAACCAAACAGGCUUUUUUCCUAAUUUAUCUAUUUAUUUUUGUUUUCUUUUCCUUUCCUUUGAGUUACUAUAAAUCUAUAUAUAUUUUUAAAAUUUUUUUUUUCCUUCUGACCUGGUUCAUUAGAUGGUUUAAUGUAGACAUUUUUUGUAACUCUCUGCUACUUAGUUGGGCAUAUAUGAUGAAUAUCUAUAUUAUAUUUUGAUUCAAUGCGUGCAUUUUAUUUAGUAUGAAAGUAAAGGUAUAUGGAGUGGAUUUUAAGGAGCUUCUGUUUCUCCUUUUUGCUGAUAAACUCCCUGAUUCAUAGCAACCCCAUCAAAUUCCUCCUUCAUGUAACCCUAUGCCUUUCAUAACCACUGUGACUGCCACCUUGUUGUAGAUAUGAAGAUGAUGAUAUCUGAUUUGAAAAUAUAGGGUGUAAAUUGUGUUUUUUUUUUUAAUACUAAUUUGUAAACUUUAUUUUAAUUCCAUACCACAUUUGCAUUGUUUUUGGCGAUUGGGGUGUUUUUGUUUUUGUUCAUUUUCCUGUGUGGGUUAACAAUGAAGCAAAAUGAAUAGGGUUUUGAAGUUCUGUAAUGGCAUUGGGUAGUAUCGCAAGUAAAUUAGCGAGGGAAAUUGGGAGUGUAGUGAAGAAGGCAGUAAGCUCAAACAGAGGAUGGUACAGCCCCCACAUGGCUGCGGCCUCAUGUGCCAUUGCUCAACGGCUUCCAUUGGUCGAUCUCAUUGUUGAGAUCAGAGAUGCCAGGAUUCCUUUAUCGUCUGAGUAUGAGCUGUUGAGAAUCGUUCCUCCUCCUUGUCCUCCUUCUAAGCGAAUUGUUGUCAUGAAUAAGAUGGACCUCACAAACCCAACCCAAAUAAAGGAAUGGAUGAGAUAUUUUGAGCAACAAAAGUGCAUUUCUUAUGGAGUCAAUUCCCAUAACAAGGACAGUGUCAAAGGGUUGCUUAACUUUAUACAAGCUCAAGCUAGGGAACUGAACAAAGCUGAUCAUCGUUUUAGUGAUGCCAUAACAGUAAUGCUAGUUGGGAUUCCUAAUGUUGGUAAAUCAGCACUCGCUAAUUCUUUGCAUCAGAUUGGGAGGAUUAGUGCUGCAGAGAAAGGUAAAUUGAAGCAUGCUUUGGUGAGUCCUCAGCCUGGAGAGACAAAAGAUAUCAGCAGCUUGAAGAUUGGUAGCCAUCCCAAUAUCUAUUUGUUGGAUACUCCUGGUAUUUUGCCUCCUACCAUUCAUGAUGCUGAGCGCUGCUCCAAGCUAGCAUUAACAGGAGCAAUUAGAGACAGUUUGAUUGGGCUAAAGGACCUUGCUCAAUAUUUUUUGGCUAUUCUCAACUUAAGUGACCAGUAUGAAAAGUGGGCAAAAUUAUCAACCAAUUGGGGUAAGGUGUCAAUUUUAGAGCACAAAGAAGAGCAUUCAAGUAGCUCUAAGUUGGAGAUGAGACAGAAAAGGCAAUAUCUAACGGAUCACACGCAGGACUUCAUGGUGCAUGAUGUUCGUCGGGCUCUUUUUGAUGCCAUUUCAUCUUUUGAUGGUAAUCUAGAGUGUGAGGACGAUAUGGUAAAACUUAUCGAGGCGCAGUUUGUAGCAUUAAGGGAGGCUUUUCAUGUUCAGGAAGAAAUAGAUCAAAAUGUUCAAGAUAAAGUUGCUGUCAAGUUGCUGAAUUUGUGUCGUACUGGGAGGCUUGGGCAUUAUACUCUGGACCCAGUUCCUGCAACACACUGAUUGUUUGUAAGCCAUACAUUAACAAAGUUAAUGUGUUCAUUUUGGGACAAACACCUCAUUUCAACUAUAUAUACAAAAAGAGUAACAUUAAAGUGGAUGAUG